AUGGGCCUGUUCAUGAUGUUCAGGCCUUCAGUGUGUGAGGUUCUGGUGAUUGGUUCAAAUCUUCCAAUCAUUCCUGCUCCGGGUGAUGAUGUCAUCCUGCCGUGUCACCUGGAGCCCAUGUUCGAUGUCCAGGGUCUGACGGUGGAGUGGUCCAAACCCGAUCUGAAGCCCGACCUGUCAGACCGGCUGAGCCGAGUGGAGUACGUUCACCUGUACAGGGACAGGAAGGAGGUCCCCGACAUGAAGAUGGCCUCGUACUUCAGGAGGACGGAGCUGUUCAUGGACGCCAUGAAACACGGGAACAUUUCACUGAAGAUCCUGAACGUGUCGGAGGAAGACAACGGCAGAUACAGAUGCUUCAUCCCCAAGCUGAGGAGCCGAGUGAAAGCUGCAAUUGUUGAACUUGUAGUCGAUCCAAAGUACGCUAAGACCUCUACGACAGAGAGUCCGGUGUAUCCUAGAAACUUCCAAACUCCAGAUCCUCGUGACGUGUCUCCAAGAAAUAGUCGGUCCAGGGUCUUUCUGGUUGUCGUAGUUACUGCCUUCGUGUCGGUUGUGGCUGUCACUGCGUAUUUCUCUCACCGUCAAACAAAAUAAGCAUCAAGGCGACGAAGUGACCCAAACCAACCAUAACAAUUCCAGGUGCUCAAAGGAGGGUUGGUGUUAAUGGACCUGAGAGCGUUGGAGAUUUACCUUUUCUGGCUCUGCUGGAUCCUUAUGGUCAGGUUGGAGGUUCAAACCAGCAGCCACAGGAAGGCACUUGGCCCAGCAGCACUGAGACCCAUCAUAAUGUCACUUCUAUAAACGGAGUCUGAUUUAAACUUCGACCUCAGCUCUCUGUCAAACACUGGAGGACUGCUUGGACUUCAUUAGAGAACUGAAGUUCAGUCUGCAGAUCAACACUUAGCUGGAUAAAGAGCAUUAUUUAUUACUGUCAGGUUUAAUGUCUCAUUUAUUUAAAUUGUACAUCUUGCUGGUCAAGGUCACCUUGAAUCCUUCAGUGAGGCUUCUGAAUGACCUCCAAUGGACAAAUUUAACCUCCUAGGACCUGGCAUCACAUUUUGGGUUAUUUUGAACAAAAUACUCAAUUUUGCUUUA